UUCUCUUUCAAAAUCUCAACUGAAAAAACCAACAUCACACAAAGAACUAGUUAUAUUUUAAGAUAAAUAACAUAAUUUGUUUACAAAAGGCUAUUUUUCUCUACAUACUACAAAAGGAUUCUUCUUUAAAGCAAUUUAUUUUGUUGCAUCUUAUCGAGGAAAACACUAUCAAAGAUCAUAAUUUGAUAUCAUUUUUUCAAGGCUGCUUCUGACAUUAUUAUCAACAGAGUUCGCUGUCAGAAUAACAGCAAUGGUGAUUCAACUGUCUAAUUUUAAAACUGAAUUUCAAAUAACCAUUGGCGUUAUUGUUUUGGUUUUUAUAAUUAACUUUAUUUUUAAUCGAUUUAAUAACAAAUUUCCACCAGGCCCUAUUGGUUUUCCCCUGCUUGGAUACAUACCUUUUUUGACAAGAGACGUUCAUUUGAAAUUCACUGAGUUGGGAAAAAAGUAUGGAGAUAUUUUCAGUGUAACCUUAGGAUCUGUCACUCUCGUGGUUCUCAAUAAAGCUGAAGAUAUCAGAGAAGCAUUUGCAAAACCAGAAUUCAACGCAAGACCACCUCAUACAUCUUUCUCUAUAUUUGAUGAUAAAAGUCCCUUUUUUGUUAGUGGUGUUAGAAUAUGGCAAGAUCAAAGAAGAUUUGUAGUUCAUUCUCUGAAGAACUUGGGCCUUGGAAGAACGAAAAUCGAAGGACAAAUUCAGGAAGAAAUUCGAGAAUUCAUCAACAUUCUGAAGACAUACCGGGGAGAUCCAAUGAACCUUAACAUUCCAUUAACCUCCAGUAUGUCCAACAAUAUCUGUUCGUUGGCAUUUGGAAAAAGGUACGAUUAUGAUGAUCCGGAGAGAAAGAUGCUGGAUGCUGGAUUGCACGAUGUGAUCAAAAUUAUUGGUCAAACGGCAUCGCACAUAUUCUUUCCUUGGAUUCGACAUUUCCCAUUCAUUUUGAAAAUGUUGAAGUAUGACGAAGGAGUUAAAGCAUUCCGAAGGUCACAUAGUUUAUUUUGGAAGAAACUUGAGGAGCAUAAAGAAACUAUUGAUCCAGACAAUAUUCGAGAUUUUAUAGAUGGCUAUUUAAUCGAAAUGAGACAACGUCAAAAAAACGAUCCAUACACCACUUUUAACGAGGAAACUUUGAUUGGAUGCGUAGGUGAUCUUUUCGGAGCUGGCAGUGAAAGUGUCCGAGCGACAGUUUCAUGGUGUGUGUAUAUUAUGGCUGCUUUUAGAGAUGUACAGAAGAAAGUUCAACAAGAGAUAUCAGAAGUAUUGUUAGAUGAGCGAGAACCAGAGUUUUUGGAUCAAAAAAGCAUGCCGUACACUCACGCUGUAAUUUUGGAAGUAAUGAGGUGGAAAUCUAUUGUACCUUUAAAUGUGCCAAGAUAUACAACUGCUGACACAACUAUUGGAGAGUAUAAAAUUCCAAAGGGAACUACGGUAAUGGCGAAUUUUUGGGCAGUGCAUCAUGAUCCUAGACACUGGGAAGAUCCAGAUAGUUUUCUACCUGAAAGAUUUUUAGAGCCUGAUAGAAAAUCUAUCCGAAAAUCCAGCAGCUAUAUGCCCUUCUCUGUUGGGAAAAGAGCGUGUCCUGGAGAAACAAUGGCAUACAUGGAAGUGUUUCUUUAUUUUGUUUCUAUUUUACAGAAUUUUAAUGUCAUGCUACCCAAAGAAGUGAAGCCAACAUUUGAAGCAGAACUUACUGUUACCUAUCAAUUAAAACCAUACUUGGUUCAAUUUAUUCCCAGGAACUAGCAAACAAUUAAAACCUAUUCUGGUCCUAUUAAUUCACAGGAAAUUACAAACUACCUCAUUAUUUUUGAAAUUUACUCAUAAAUGUAAAAUACUAUUGUAAUAUUCUUUGUGUUAACCUCUGUAAUAUAUUUAUGUUUAAAUGUCAUCUUACUUUGACGUAUGUUGUGCUUUCUAAGAAAGUAAAAUAAAUACAUGAGUAUGUAACAACAUUAAAUACUGUUAAAAAUAUGUGCACAUUUUUUUAAA